AUGUACUUCCCAGAGUCGCUGAGUCAGGAAGAGAAGAUAGGGUUGCAUGUCUUCUCUGAUGCUUCUGAAGAAGCAGUUUCGGCAGUCACAUAUUUGAGAAAUAAAGAGGAUGAGACCGUAAAUACCUCCUUUGUCAUGGGAAAAGCCAAGUUAGCCCCAACCCAUGGCCACACGAUUCCUCGCCUGGAGCUACGUGGGGCAUUGCUAGCUACACAAGUGGCUCAGACUGUUCAGGAUAAUCUACAUGUGCGGGUUAACAAGGUUCAGUACUACACUGAUGGUAGAGUCGUGCUUGGCUACCUCAACAAUAAAACUCAACGCUUUCACAACAAUGUAAGCAAUAGGGUUGAACAUAUUCUACAUGUCUCUAGGCCAGAGCAGUGGCAUUACUUAUGUACAAAAAAGAGAAUCCUGCUGAUCACGGAACACGAGGUCUCGCAACAGGAAAUUAACUCCAAGAAAAAUGGUUUUCUGGACCCAAACUAUUGA